AAUUCCUAUUAUUAUCUCACUUAUCACGUCACAACCAAAUCCGUCUCUUUCGCAUUCUCAGGCGAAAAGUAAGGAUUUAAAACUUUAGAUUCUUCACUUUUCAUUGCAAUCGAACGUAUAGAACAUUACAAACGAACUUUUUAACAACAAACUAUUGCCGACGUAGACAUAUUCUUUUAUUGUUUUUCACUCGCCUCAAAAACAAGGGCAGUUACUCAGUUUGCGUGGCAGCAGUUACUUCCCUUACAAUCAUGGCCACGAUACAAACAGCAAAAGCUGUGAUGAGAAAGAAAUGCAGACACACUCUAUCUUUAAUACCAGAUGAAGACAAAAUCAGACAAUCAGAAAUAAUUUCGAGAAAGUUGAUGAAUCUACCAGAAUUCGAAGCCAGUAAACGAAUCUCAAUCUACCUGAGUACUACUGAUGAGGUGCGGACAGAAUCAAUUAUGAAGAAAAUAUUGGCUUCCAAUAAGACUUGUUUCAUUCCACAUUAUAGUGGCACAAGCAUGAAAAUGGUAGCACUAAAGUCUCUAGAAGAUUAUGAAAAUCUUCCAUUGACUAAUUGGAAUAUAAAGCAACCUAGUGAUGAUGAUAUUCGCACUGAUGCUCUAGAAACUGGUGGCUUAGAUCUAAUUGUGAUGCCUGGGCUUGCAUUCUCCUUGGCCGGAGCUCGUCUUGGACGAGGCAAAGGCUACUAUGAUGCCUACCUGAAAAAAUGCUAUGAAUAUGAGACCCCCUUCAGUCACGAAUGACCAUGGGAUUGCACCUAGAAAGUUACCCUCCAAGGCACAAAUCCGGGCAAGGUUGUUUAUGGAAGACCAGCAGUUGCCCAUGCAUACCAGCCUCCCCUCUCCAUGCUACCGAUGUCAUCCAAAGGAAAGGCAAAGGCCGAUACAGCUUGGCACCAGUGACAUCGUAACUCAUUUCUACAGCUGAGUGAACUGGAGCAAGGUGAAAUAAAGUGUUUUGCUCAAGAACACAACACGCAACCCAGUCCAGGAUUCAAACUCACAACCUCACAGUCGUAAGUUCGACGCUCUAACCACUGAGCCAUGUACCUUCAUAUCAUCUCUAAUGAUGGGAUAUCUUUUAUAUCCCUGAAACAGCUGUAAGACUACCCUUCUCUUUAUAAAAUGUCCUGGAAAUUUUAUACUGCCUUGGCUUUGUUGUUUCAUUUUAUUUAACCUAUAAAUAUAUAUAUAUAAAUAUCAUCAUUGUUUUACAUCUGCUUUCCAUUCUGGCAUGGGUUGGACAGUUUGACUGAGGACUGGCAAGCCAGUAGGCUGCACCAGGCUCCAGUCUAAUCUGGCAAGGUUUCUACAGUUGGAUGCCCUUCAUACAUAUAUAUAUAUAUAUAUUAUGUAUCUGUGACAUGUCCUUGUUUAUGGUAAAUUUUAUCUGUACACAAACUUUGUGUAAAAGAUAUGUACAAUGUUUGUGUGUAUAUAUGUAUGUAUGUACAUAUGUGCGUAUAUUUAAAGACAAACACACCACACACACACACACACAGAUUAAUUAAUUUUAUUGUUCCCAUAAUUAUGAGAAUUUUUGGAAGCUACUGCUAUUUUUUCUUGCAUAUAAAUGCAAUAGUGAUGAUGAUGAUGACUAUAUACACUUCCACAGAGCAAUAAUAAUAGCACUUAUAAUAAUGAUGGUAAAGGUUGUUUUUUAAAUUUCCACAGACUCAAAAACUUAAAUAUUUUUAGGAAAAAUCUUUCAAAUCAACCUUAGUAUGUACCUAGUGCUUUUUUAAAAAUCAAAUAAUAAUAAUAUUAAUAAUAAUAAUAAUAAUCAUAGUAAUAAUAUGAUGAUGAUAAUAAUAUAGAAACCUUAAAACAAAGUGUAUGGGUGAAAACAUUGAAGGUGCAAUGCCACACUGAUCACACAUAGCAGUUCCAGCAAAACAGGUUAUUCAUAACCAGAGAAAAUCUUUUAAGAGCUUAGGAGAUACAGAAGAUAAUAUACCUCCUGAAGCAGAGGAAACCUGCCAGUUUAGGAAUAGCGUCUGGAACAAGAGGUUUCCCACAACCACAGUGUUGAGCGGAUUCAUUCCAUGAGAUCUGAACUCAAUCACGCUGAGGCUCCACAACAAGAUCAUGUAUGCAUAACAACAGAAAAAACAAAACUUCCAAACUGGAAAGCAGCAGGAUCAGACAGAAUCCUAGGCUACUGGCUCAAGUGGUUUAGGUCAACACACAAAUGAAUUAUGUUGCAAUUAAACAAAUGCCUACAGAGUGGUGCAGUUCCAGAAUGGAUUGUAGAGGGAAAGACAACAUUGUUGAUGAAAGAUUGAUCAAAGGACAAUGAGGUUGGCAAGUACCAACCCAUUACUUGUCUUAACAUCUUAUGGAAAGUGUUAACAGGCAUUCUCACAGGGAAAAUAUAUACGCUCCUUGCGGAAAACAAUCUAAAUCCAGUAAAACAAAAGGGAUGCUGAAAAGGAUCCAAGUGCACUAAGGACCACCUUGCAAUUGACAAGGUCAUAAUGAAGAAUACCAUAAAAACUUAUGCAUGACCUGGAUAGACCUUAAAAAUGCUUAUGAGAUGUUGCCGCAUUCGUGGAUUUUGGAAACACUCGAUAUGUGUGGAGUAGCGGAGAACAUGUGUGCACUGAUUACAAACAGCAUGCCUAGUUGGAAAACAUGUCUUUUCUGUAAUAACCAGCACUUAGUUGAGGUAACAAUCAAAAGAGGUAUCUUUCAGGGAGAUUCCUGUCCAGCUUUGUUAUUUGUUAUAGCCUUGAUCCCACUUUCUGUAGUUCUAUGCAAAGUCAACGUGCACUUUGAGCUGAGAAAGAAUGGACUUCAUCUCAAUCACCUUCUCUUGAUUUAAAACUGUUUGCAAAACAGAGCCUGAAAUGGAGAGGCUGGUCAAGACUGUGCAGAUAUGCAGCAAAGAUUUAAGGCUGGAAUUCAGGAUCUCAAAGUGUGCGGUACUCACUUUGAAACAAGGUAAAAGAGCAGAUUGUAGGGGCAUAGAACUGCCAAAUGGAGAGCAAAUGGGAGACCCAGAUGAUGAUGGGUACAGGUAUCUUGUGAUCCUGGAGUUGGAUAAUAUCUUGCACAGAGAAAUGAAAGUCAAGGUCAACACUGCAUAUUUGAAGCGCCUCACACUUUACUUGAAGUCAAAAUCCAAUGCAAGGAACCUUGUGACUGCCAUCAACAUAUGGGCUGUUGCUGUAGUCUGCUAUAGUGCACCCUUCUGAAAUGGACAUGAGUAGAGAUUAACCAAAUUGAUUGCACUAUCCAAAAGACAAUGAGAAUGCAUGAUGCCCUCCAUCCAAAGGUGAACAUAUUUAGAUUCUACAUGAAGAGGUAUAAAGGUGGACAUAUGGGAGUGCAUCAACAGUGAAAGAAGAAACAUGGCAGAGUAUUUGGUAAACAUCAAACAAGACAUGCUACAGUAUGCUACUAAUGCAGAAGGAUUUACCAGCAAUGAACUUGAGAGUGCUAAUGAAUUCUGAUCAUGAAUAGCCAACAAGAGAGAAGAAACUCUACUCUGUAUGGAAAUACAUGGCCAGUUCCACCAUGAAACUAACAACUUAAAAGACCAGGAAGCAUACUGGAGGUGGCUCAGCAAGGGUGACCUUAAAAAAGACUGAACGUCUAAUCAUUGCUGCCCUAGACCAAGCAUUGAAUAGCAACUCAGUGAAACGGGAUAUAUACCAUACAAGUGCAUCAAACCUCUGCAGAAUGUGUGGGAAGAAAGUCAAAAGCAUGUCUCACAUUGUUAGUGCUUGUGAAAGUUUUGCACAGAAAGAGUACAAGUGCAGACACAACAAGGUAACCCAAAACCUUCACUGGCUACUAUGCUGGAAGUAUGGAUAUGAGGUAAUAGGUGCUUGGUAUCAACAUACACUGGAAAAGAUAAUGGAUGAAAACAGGAAGGUAAAGAUCUUCUGAGACUUUGACUUCCAGACAGAAAAGUUAUUAGAGCACCAAAGGCCAGAUACAGUAACCUUUAGGAGGGACAAACAAGAGUACCUAAUAAUCAACAUAGCAGUGCCAGAUCAUAUUAUCAUUAAAGAAAGAGAAAAGAUUGAUAAAUAUGGAAACCUGAGAAUUGAGAUUGCCAAGAUGUGGCAGCUAUGAGAGUCAAAUGGUUGUCAUUGGAGCAUUGGGUUCAAUACCACUGAACCUUAAGAAACAUCUGUAAACUUUAGAAAUACCCUACAAUCCUGGUUUAUUGCAAAAAUCAGCUUUACUUAGAACUGCAUGCAUAUUGCAUAAAGUAUUGUCUGUCUGAGGUCCUUAUUGUGACUUGAUAGACAAUACAAACUCGCAGUAGACAUCAUCAAUCUACAUCACAAUACUGGAUAUUGUGCAACGUCUUCAAUAAUGAUAAUUCACGAUUUAAGCACAAGGACAGCAAUUUUGAGGAAAAUGGAUUAGUAGCACUUAGCUGCUACUUUAUUUCAUUGACUCUGAAAAGAUGAAAAGCAAAAGGUGAUGUUGACAAGAUUUGAACUCAGAAUGUAAAGAUUUAGAAGAAAUACUACAAAGCAUUCAAAAAUAGAAUACUUAAUACAGACAUAGAGUGAAGCAUAUGUAUAGGUGAAAUAAAUUUUGGAGAUGCUUUUCUCCACACAGAAACUGCAGGAGUUAUUCAGAAGUUUUUCAAGCUCUUCUAAAACUAUUGCUGUGUUGGAAACCCUUCCAGAUCAUCUGCAGGUAUCUCAGGGUCACAAGCAUUUCACCCCUUAACCUAUAUGCUUUGCCUCAUCUUAAUUUUUAAUUCUUUUCCAUCAUAUAUAUAUAUUCUUUUCUACUCUAGGCACAAGGCCCAAAAUUUUGGGGGAGGGGGCCAGUUGAUUACAUCGAUCUCAGUACGCAACUGGUACUUAAUUUAUCGACCCUGAAAGGCAAAGUCAACCUCGGCGGAAUUUGAACUCAGAAUGAAAAGACAGACAAAAUACCACUAAGCAUUUCAUCCAGCGUGCUAAUGUUUCUGCCAGUUCGCCGCCUUCCCAUCAUAUAUAUAUUGGCAUGGCUGUGUGAUUAGGAAGCUUGCUUCUCAAUCACAUGGAUUCAAAUUCAGUCCCACUGCGUAGCACCUUGGGCAAUUGUCUUCUGCUAUAGUCUCAGGCCAAUUGAAACUUUGUGAUUGUAUUUCGAAAGUAGAAGUUCCCAUUGUGUAUGUAAGUGCUUGUGCCUCCUCACAGAGAGGAGAGAAUAUACACACACACACAUGCAUAUAUAUAUAUAUGUGUGUGUGUGUGUAUACAUGUAUCUGUGUGUGUGUGUGCGUAUAAUAAGGUUAAUUCUUAUUAAAGGUUUAAUAUUAUGAGUAAAUAGAUAACUAAUUAUUGAGACGUAAAAUAUCUAAGUUUCUAUUAAGCAUAAUGAAGAAUUCUUAUCCUUAGUUUUUAUUCUUUAGUUAUCCAGUGACAUCAUCAAUAAUUGUAUACAAAAAUACUCUUUUUUAGGUUAUUUUUCAAUGUAGAUUUCUAAUUGUCAUAAUGUAGAAUUCUUGAAAUUUUUUUCAUUUGAUACAUACACAUAUAUAUAUAUAUAUAUAUAUCUUGCUUCCUAACCACAUGGUUCUGGGUUCAGUCCCACUGUAUGGCACCUGGGGUAAGUGUCUUCUACUAUAACCUUGAGCCUGCCAAAGCCUUGUGAGUGGAUUUGGUAGAAAGAAACUGAAAGAAGCCCGUUGUAUAUAUGUAUAUGUUUGUAUGUUGGUAUGUUUACAUCCCUGUAACUUAGCGAUUUGGCAAAACAAACUGAUAGAAUAAGUACUAGGCUUACAAAGAAUAAGUCCUGGGGUCUAUUAGUUCAACUAAAGGUGGUGCUCCAGCAUGGCCAUAGUCAAAUGACUGAAACAAGUAAAAGUAUACACACACACAUAUAUUGUAGAGUACUGUUAUAAUUCCAACAUUGAGAAAACUACAACUUCUAAGGGGAAACAGAGGAGUUGUCAUAGGACUCUGGCUGGGAAUAUUCAAGUUGGCAGAUGUUGUAGAGUCAGGUGAAAGUAGGUAAGUGAGAGAUGUGGACAGAUAUGUGUAUUCUUCCUUUCUUUCUUUCUCUUUCUCUCUCUCUCUCUCUCUCACACACACACACACACACACUCACACACACAUAAAUAACGUUCCCCUUUUACUACACAUUGAAAGUUUUUGAUAUGUUUAUCAAUAUAUAGUGAAGCUACAAAAUUAAUUCAAAACAAUGUGAAUAAUUAUAACAAUAUUGGUUUCAGCACAUGAUUUCAAAUCAAAAUUCUUGCAAAACUAAUUUUUAAAAAAUCUUGCAAAGCAAAUUAUAAAAAUGGAUGAUGUUUAUUUUUGGAACUGCUUUUUUUAAAAAAUCUUCUUUGAUUUCUUAUGUAUUUCAUUGAUUUAGUAAUUUUUCAUUGCAAACGUUUUAUUUUAAUUUUCUUCUUUAUUUUUAGUUCAUUUUUUUUUUCCAUAUUUUUUCUUAGAUUCUGAGUUUUUGUGAAACAUUCAUAUAAUUCCAGCCUUUAGAAUACUAAAAUUAGAAUACUGUAUGAAGUUCCUUCAAAUAAUAAAUAACAGUGAAUUAAUUUCUUUAGUUAAUUUACAUGCUUAGAGGAAAAGACUAUCUGAUGUUUCUUCGCAGGCAAGAGAGGACAACUAUAGGCAUGUUAUGGUUUAUUAAAUCUCAUCAGUGUAACAAAGCCUAGCUAAGCCUACAGAUCAAAUAACUAUUUAUAGUUUCAUAUAAAUUGAAAAGAUAAGAAGAUACAACAAAUGCAGCUUUCAAUCUAAAGGGAUCUUAACAGAUAAAGGCAUAGCUUCAACAGUAUCCUUUUUAUCCCAACCUAUAUACAAGCUAUAUAAGCUGAUCUUCAUUAAAUAGCUACCUUCAUAGCAUGGAAUUACAUGUCAUAUAUUGACUUGAUCUAAAUCCCUUAUCUGUUGGACAAGACUCUCUGCUACUCAUCUACUUGCCCUGCUAUAUACAUGAGAUCAUGUGAUCCAAGAACUGUAGAAUAAGUGUUUGUUCAGAUUGUUGACACCUUUCACUUGUAAUGUAUUCUUCAUGAUUAUUCAAGUUUGAGAGGGAAAAAACAAAAACAAAAUCAAGAAGGAAAAAUCCCAACAUCCUUUGAUUUCACUCUUUGAGUUCUCAUCUAAUUAUAGUUGAAAGAAGACCUGAUGGUAAAUAAACUGAUGUUGGUGCCAAGAAUAUGGUACAGGUAAAUCUAAAAACUCAAUCUUUAGUGACAUGACAGUGAUAAUAAUAAAUAAUGGUAUGUGUAGAAAUAAAUUUGUGUAAAUAAAAUUGACACCAAAUGGAGAAUGUAGUUGGUAACUACAACACAGAGUCUAUACAUGGUAGAAGAAUAUUGGUGUGUUUCUGGACAAGGAACUUUGAAUUGUAUUCUUACAGAUACUUUCCUUGGUUUUAUCUGUUGGUAAUUGUGAAUCAGAGCUGGCAAAUUUACCUGUGAUAGACAAGCUUGACAUACCUUUCAUCAUGCAUUGCCUCAUAUUAAAAGCCUGUAUUGUAUCUUCCACCUUUGCUGUAUAUAAAUACACACACACACACACAUGAAUGUUUACCCAAGAGAAACCCAUAAAUGUAGACUCUUAUAUUCGUAAAACAUAUCAUCAAAUCCAGAAAAUGAUGAAAUUCUUGAUGCUUUUUUAUAUAUCUUUUAAGCUGCCAUUACAAGAAAACAUUCAAAUGAUGGAAUUUUGGAAAUUUGAUUCUGUUUGAAGUAAAAUGUAUAAAAGACACAUUAAAAAUUUUGUAUUUUGCAAAAUAAAAAUAAAUACUAAAAAAAAAGAAAUGCUUUUAAA